AGAAGAAGAGUCUCUCUUUCGUUCUAUUUAAGGAGCACAAAUUGUAUAGGUGUAGCAACCCAAUACAUGUCAUGCACAUGUUCAACCAGACUCCGUAUACGACCAAACUGCAUUUACAUUUAUAUCAGACUUCACUCACCGACUCCUCUUAGUUUCUCUCAUUCAUCAAUUCACUUACAAAACCAAGGACCUCUCUCUCUCUCUUAUCUACAAUUCUUUGGAUAAAUAUAUCAAUUCACCCCUUCUUCCUUUCUGUUCUCUUUAGCUUGUAAUCAUGGCCACAGCAGAUAUUGCUCGAACAGUGGUUGGCAUCAUAGGAAACAUCAUCUCAGGCGCCUUGUUCUUGUCCCCAGUGCCCACUUUUAUCGAAAUAUUCAAGAAGGGAUCGGUGGAGCAGUUCUCACCAGCACCAUACCUAGCCACACUUGUGAACUGCAUGGUUUGGACCUUGUACGGACUACCCAUGGUUCACCCACACAGCAUUUUGGUGGUAACCAUUAACGGUUCAGGGUGCGUCAUUGAGCUCAUCUUUGUGACCCUCUACUUGAUCUACUCUGAUGGAAGAAAAAGGCUCAAGGUUUUCUUGUUCCUCUUGGUGGAACUAAUCUUUAUCACUGCUCUUACCCUUAUCACAUUAACUACGGCCCACACUACUAAGAAACGUUCAGCCAUCGUUGGGACCACUUGCAUUCUCUUCAACAUUAUGAUGUAUGCUGCACCCUUAGCUAUCAUGAAACUGGUGAUCAAGACCAAGAGCGUUGAGUACAUGCCAUUUUCCAUCUCUCUCGCCUCUUUUGGGAAUGGCGUGGCUUGGACCACUUAUGCUCUCAUCCGUUUCGACCCAUUCAUCACUAUACCAAAUGGGCUUGGGACAUUAUUUUCGGUGGCGCAGCUGAUUCUGUAUGCAACCUAUUACAAGUCGACCAAGCGGCAAAUAGCAGAAAGGAAAUCUAACAGGGAGGUGAACAUGUCGCAGGUGGUGGUGGCUAAUGGUGGUCAAGAAUCCAAGCCUGAAGAUAAUCGAUCAUGAUUGUUAUCAUCAAUCUCCUUUUGUCCCCGUUGGUGUCCCAAUAAGAGGUUUCAUUUGAUGCAAGUUCAAACAUUCGCCUAAAGCAAUGUUGUUUUUGUUUGAAGCACAUUAAUCAGAUCACAUCAACUACAACAAUUUUAACUUCUA